UACGAGGGAAGGUUUGACGACGCCCAGGAGCGCUCGGGCUCCUAUCGGCAGACGACCGACAGGCACUCUACCACAUCAGCGGGUUAAAAAGGAAGUGAAAGAGAAGGUUCCAGAAAGUCCACCAGAGAUGGACUCUCCGGGCGGCAGCGUGAGCAGCGACCUGCGGCGGCAGAACGAGGAGUUACGAGCGCGGCUCGCGGGUGAAAGCGCUGAUCACAGGCGGAGGCUCGACGCUUACCGCCGCUCGCAGCAGGGACAGGCUGCUUUGGUUUCCAGGCUCCAAGCAAAGGUUCUCCAAUACAAACAACGAUGCUCGGAACUAGAGAACCAAAUGCUGGAGACUACACCGCGCAGCGAGCCGAGCUACCGUCAGCCCACCAGCAAGAUCGCUCUGCCGGCGCCGUCCGCGCUGGCCGUCAGCACUCCGUCCACAUCCGACCGAAGGGACGAGAGAAUUGCCGACUUGGAUACUGCUUUGCGAAGGCUUGAGGAUGAGAAACGCAAAUGUGAGAAGCUGGUUUCCCAAAACAACCUGCUACGGGACCAGCUCGAAGAAUCUCAUCAGCUCAAUGAGGCUCUCACCAACGAUCUGCAGAAGCUCACCAAUGACUGGGAAGCCUUGCGGGAUGAGAUGUCCAUCAAAGAGGAUGAGUGGAAGGAUGAGGAACAGGCCUUCAAUGACUACUACUCAAGUGAGCACAACCGUCUCCUGAACCUGUGGCGUGAAGUGGUCUCCGUCAAGCGAUUCUUCUCUGAGCUGCAGACCAGCACUGAGAGAGAUCUGUACAAAGUGAAGAAUGACAUCGAUUCUGCUGCCCGAGACCUUGUAGGCACUUUGAGUGGAUAUGCCAUCACUGCUUACGCUUCCCAGGGCUCCAAGUUCCAGCCGGAAGCUCAGCAAGUGUCCAGCACGGGUGGUGCAUCCGCUCCAAGCUCCACCGUGGAAGUGCUCCGUGUUGAGCUACACACUGCCACUGCACAGCGAGACUCUGCUCUCGCCGAGUUGCGGGAGCGCGACAACCGCAUACAGCGCCUGCUGGGGGAACUGCAGGGAUUGGAGGAACGCUGCGACUGCGCGGAGACGCUGUGCUCGGAGGCGGGCAUCAUGCGCUCGGCGCUGGAGGAAGUCGCGCGCGCUUUGAUACAGGACUCGGAGGCCGACGCCGCGCCGCAGCAUCUGCACCUGUCCGAGCGGUCACCAAAACGCGGCGCGCCGUCGACCGGCAACGCCACCGCGUUCGCCGAGAGCACCAUCUCCGCCGUGCAGGCCGCGCUGCACAAGUACCAGAUACAGAUACACGAGCUGCAGGUGAAACUGCAAAACACUAGAGAACAACUCCUCACAAGUAGGAAACAUUGUGAAGCAGCAGAUAGCACAAUAGGAUCUUUGGAAGGAAAAGUACAAGAUCUGCAAGGUAAAUUAGAUCAAGCCAACACAGAUCUCAAUCAACUGUUGCAAGAAAAGGAAUCUAUGCAGAAGACAGUCGAAGCGCUGAGAAUCGAUAAGAAUAAUCUGGAACGAAAUCGUGUUGAAAUUAAUGCUAUGGUGGAGUCCUUAACAUCAGAUUACGAGAAACUUCAGAAAAUCAAUUCCCGUCUCGAGAAGAACAUAGAGUCUCUAGAGGGAGAGAAACGCGCUCUGAACUCUGAGGUGGACCGCCUACAUCGAGAGGCGUCGAACAGAGAGUCUGUUUUAAGGGCCGAAGAGGAGCGUUCAUCACGAAUGCGUUCAGAGCUGGUGACAGUAAGGGAGGAACUCAACAAGACAGCGCUGGCCAGAGAUCUUCUAGAUCAACAGAAGUUGGAGGCAGAUGCCAUAUUGUCGCAGAUGGAGAAAAAUAGAAGUGACCUGGAGAUAGAGCUGGAAAGAACUCUGUUAGAGCGCGGAGAUUUCCAAGACUUAGUUGAGAAGUUGCAGAAUGUUGUACGAAACAUGGAAUCCGAUAAGAAGAAGCUACAAGAAGACGUUAAACAACUGGAAGACGAAAGAUCAUCGCUCUCGAAUCAAUCGUCCGACCUACAGGGUGAUCUGAAUUCUCUACGCAAAGAGUUACUAGCGGCUGAGCAAAACAGAAUGGAGUUGGAGGCGGAUAAAGCUUCUCUGUUCGAGAAGAUCAAGUUCCUAGAGGGAGAGAGGGAGAAGGUUGAGAUGGAGUUGCGUCAAGUGAUGAGGGAGCGCGGUGAGCUGAGUUCUCAGUUGACUGCGAUGGCUCGUAAAAAGGACACGUUGAACGAGGAGAUCAUCCGUCUGCAGCAGCGACUGGAGCAGGCCAACGAGACCAUCGGCCGGCUCAACCGAUCUCUGGACGACCACGUCAAGGACUCUGAGGAAAAACAGCUAAUGAUAGACAACUUGGACAAAGACAAGCAGCACCUGCAAGAGCAGCUCGCGGGCGUGCGAUCAGAGAAGGACGCGCUGGAAGCAGUGCUGUUCGACACCGCCAACAUGUUGGAGGACGCGGACAACAAGAGGACCAAGCUGGAGCACGACUUGCAGGAGACGCUGGUUCAACAGGAGAAUUAUAAAGGUCAAAUUGCUCGCCUGACAAAAGAUCUCGAAAACAGCGAGAAGAAGCUUCGAGAAACGCGCAACAGUAUGUCACAGCAGUCUGGCAAGAAGGAGGCGGAGUACCAGCAGGUCAUCACCAACCUCAACAGGACUACCACUGAAAAUAUUACCAAGCUGAAAGAGGAAAAGGAACUGUUACGUCAAUCGUUAGAGCAAAAAUUAAGUCAAACUAUUGCAUCAUUGACGAGCGAGAGGGAGGCAUUUGAGGCCGCCGCAAGAGAGAAAGAGAAGAAGCUACUGGCGGCCAGAGAUCAGUUGAUGAUGCAACACGAUGAAGCAAUGCUAAGAGCUGAGAACGAUAAGCAACAGGCUCUGCUUAUGGCCCACCAAGAGCACCAGGCGCUCCUGGAAAGGCUGGAGGAGGCAAAGCGCAUCCUGUGCUGUGAGCAGAAUAAGCUGGAGCGCGCGCGCAGGGACGCGCAGGCGCGCUCCGACCAGGACAGGAACCACAUCAACCAGCUGAAGGACGACUUGGCCGCACUGAAGACUAGGCUGGAAGAAGCCAAAGCAACAGCCGAAGACGAAUGCGCUCGUUUCGAGAAUCGCAUCAAGGAGCUGCACCUGGAGAAGGAGGCCGUCAACCGCGAGUGUCAGGAGACGCGCGCGCAACUCUCGCUGGCGGAGGACAAGUACGACGCCGCGUACGCGCAGCUGCAGGACACGCUGCGGAAACUGAAGGAUUUGGAAAACGAGACGGAGAGUCUCCGUAAGGAGCUGACGGACACGCGCCGCCAGCUCAGCAACUGCACGGCGGAGCGCGACAAAUACAACAGCGCGUGCCGCGAGCUGCGCGACCACGUCAAGCGCGCCGAGCACGAGCGACGCGACGCGGCGCGCGCGCGCGACGAGGCCUAUCACAAGAUCGCUGGCUUGGAGGAGAACCGCACGACGCUCGAACUGGAGUUGUCGCGCGUGCAGACGAUGCUCAAGGAGGCGGAGAGCGGUGGCGAGCACACGGGGCGCUCGCUGCGCGCCGCUGAGGCACAGCUCAAGAGAGAACGCGCGGCGUUGGAGCAGGCGCAGCACGACAUCAAGGAGUUGCAGGCCAGGUUACAAAACGAAAGCGAAGAGCGCGAGCGCUGCGCCGGCGACGCGGCGACGGCCAAGCGUCACAGCGCCGAGCUGGAGGCGAUGUUGGCGGCGGCCAGGUCCGACCUGGCGGCGGCCAGACAACGCGGCGCUGAGCUGGAGGAGGGCUGCCGGGCUAGAGAUCAGGAGCUUGUACUGCGUUUGGAAGACUGCAGGUCCAAGGAGCGGCGCCUGGAAGAGCUCAAACACAAUCUGGAAGUGUGCCUCGCUGAUGCUACACAGCAGAUCCAGGAGUUAAAGACACGUCUAGGUGCGAGCGAGAGCCGGUGUCGCGCGGUGGAGACGGCGCUGGCUCAGACAGAGGCGGGCAGACGCGACGCGGAGGCGCGGCUGUCGUCGGUGGCGCACUCGCUGCGCAGAGUGUGCGGCAUCCAGCCCGACGGCAGCGUGCACCAGGCGGCCAGGCGACGCAUCGCCAGCCCCUCCAGGAGAUACAGUCCGCAUAGAGGUCGCGACCAUUCUGAGGAUCGCAACGAGAUCAUUGAUGUCGAUCCUGAACUGAUCAAGAAAGGUGUUAGGAACCUGAUGCAUGAAGUAUGCCAAAUUGAAAGAGAAAAGGAUGAUUACAAGUCCCAGAUGAACGUACUGAAGAAGCAACUAAAGGAGGCGACAGAACAGCAGGGUAAGGGCGAAGGCCGCGUGCAAUCGCUCAACACUAACUUGCGCGGGUUGCAAGAGGAAAAGGCUAAGCUGCAAUCAACAUUGGGCCAAAAGGACGUGCAAUUAAAUGUUUUGAACGAAUCAGUACAAUCGAAGACUAUAGAAAUUAGUAAUCUGAGAGACAAAAUCACCAGUCUGGAAGCCACUUUGAGCUCCAUCACCGAGGAGAAAGUGCAAAACGAGAAUAAAUCGGAAAGUCUUCGGGUGCAAUUGGCUGAGCGAGUGCAAGAAGUUGGACAACUGCGUGAAGCUUUAGCCGCAGCUGAAGGUCGGGCGGCGCGGUUGGACGUGCGGCGCGCGCAGCUGGAGGGCGACGUGCAGCGCGCAGCUGUCGCCGCUAGGGAUCGGGAUCAAGCGUUGAAGAAACUGCAAGAGCGCUGCGAAGGCUACACCCGCACCAUCGCUUCGCUGGAGGACCGCUGCACGUCGCUCAAGGGCACGGUGGAGCAGCUGUCCACGGCGCUGCAGAAAGCGGCUGCCGCCGAGAGCGAGCUGCGCGCCGAGCUCGCCAAGACGCAGCGAGUGCUGAACGAGGCCAAGAACAACGAGGCUAACGCGAUGGACAAGUUGAGGCAGAUGCAGAAGAAUAUUGCCAAUUGUGAGAACGAGCGUCGAGUGCUCACCGAGAAGCUGGAAAGCGCCAAGGCGGCGCUGAGCGAGCUGAAACGCCUCAACUGCUCGCUGGAGGACCAGGUGCAUCGCCUCACCAACCAGUUGGCCAAUGUGGAGGCGCAGAGGGCUGAUUUCGAGUCUCAACUCCGCAUGACGACAUGGGACGGCAAGGAGAGCAACGACAGCGGCGAGUUGGAGCGCGAACUGCACGCACUACAGCGCGACCGCUCCGAGCUGAAGGCCAAGAACGAUGCUCUGCAAGACACUGUCCGGAAACUGGAGGCCGAACGUCGCAUGGUGCGUCCGGCUGUCAGCUCGGCGCUUCGCAGCAAGAGCCACGAUCGGAACGAGAAGAGUGUCUACUACUCAUCUGAUCUGGAUUCUGGAGCAGAUUCUACGAAAGAUUCACGCGUGUACAAAGAGAUUCCAUGUAAGGACAAACCGUACAGCGCCGAGUACAGUCUACUGGAACUAGAAAAUAGAGAACUCAAAAUGAAGAUACGACGAUUGGAGAAGGAACUUUCUGACAAAGAGUCAGAGCUGUCAAUAUCCCGGAAUCGCUAUUUCAACGAGAUGUCCAGCUCAGGCGCCAACAAUAGACAAGACAUAGAGCAGUACCGGCAGGCGGCGCUGCAGGCCGAGCGGCUGCUGGAGGCGAGAGAGGCGAGCCAUAGACAACAGAUCAUUCGUCUUGAAAAUCAAUUAUCGCAGCUCCGCACUCAACUGUCGGCCGAGAUUCGUCGGCGACAAGCGUACAUCGCACGCAGCGGGCGCGCCGCUCGCGACGUGCAGGGCCUGCGCUCUGCGCUGCGGGACUCGCUGCGUACAGUGUCGCAGGACCCGGCCUUAGAUUCCUACACAUUGGAGCACGAAGCGAGGAAGUUGGACAGCACUCUCACACAAAGCCUGCCGCCCCUCAACGACAGCUAUGACUCUUCUAAAUAAAAACGGUUUCUAGGAAUUUAAAAAAAAAAUCGUUGAAUAUUCCACGUGAUUCUAAAACAUUGGGAUAUAGUUGUUUUGUACAACAAGAGGGCAAAGCAAACUUUGUUGCUAGUGAUGAAUUUAAAUUCCGAACAAGCAAAGAAUUCGGUUUUAAAUUCUGAACAAGAGAAUCCCUUUGCUCUCAUGUGUCACAUGCAUCUUUUCACCUCACUAGUGUUCAAAACACACGAUUUCAAAAACAUUUAUAUUGCGCCAAAUAUCCCCAAAAUCCGAUAAUUCAAUGAUUGUUAUAUAUUUUAUUUAUUUAAUAUGGCAAUACUUUUUUUUUUAAUCAAUAUUGAAUUCCUGAACGUUGAAAAAUUUCGUAUGAAAUUGAACGUUUCAGAUUGUCAUUUUAACGUUUCAGAUUCAGAACAUCUACUGAUAUAUGAUUAACAUUUGUUUUUGUUUUUUUUUAAUAGGGUUUUGCGGUUUUGAGUUCUAGAACUUUUGAGGAAAAGUGUUUUUUUUAUAUUAACGUUAAGCGCAAAUAAAUACAUUAUUAGAAACUGCCGAGGUGAAAAGAUGCGCGUUGGUCAAGCAAAUGGAGGUUUGACGACCAAUAGACAUUGUUUUUUUAAAGAUUUAUUAGCAAUAUUUAAAAGAAUAUUAGCAAUAAGAAUAAAGGACCACUUUUGCACUAGUCAACUGUAGAUGUACUGUAAUGUAGACUGUUUUAUAGGACAAGUAAUGGAGGUAAAGGGCUUGAAGGUAUGGGAACAACAGCUUUUUUAGACUCAUAGAGGUUAUAGAGUAUUUGUUUUAUGAUUUUGCUUUGCACGAAUUUCACUGCGAAUUUUUUUAAGGAAUAUAUCUCGAACCGAGUGAAUAACAAACGCUAUAUAGCUCUCUUUCGUUGCGAUAGUUCGAAAAAGAGGCUAUUUUUCGUGAAUGUAUUUCUCUACAAGAUACGGGAUACGUAGUCACCCUAUGCUUACAAGGGAUUUAAAACUGACAAGAAAUAGAUUGUUUUAGUUUCUCCUUAUUUUAACAUGUAGAAAAUUUUAUUGUAGCGUUCACUGGGAGCUAGAUGAGAUUAUUGAGCAAUAUGUGGGCUAUUUUUUAGCCACAAAAAUUUUAUGGCUUCUGCGGGAUAUGAUAAAAAUUUAAUUUCAAGUAGUCGAAGUUGCGAGCGAAAGCCAGUGUUGCAAUAAAACAUAAUUAUAAUAACCUUAAAUUAAUUAUAAAUUGUAUUAUAUUAUUAUACUUAUUGUUGAUUUUAUUAUUCUUGGGCAUUGUUUGUUUAGUUAUAUUUUAUAUUUUUUUGUUGUUACACUGUUUUAAGGCAGUUUUUUCUUUUUGAUUGUUUUUUCUUUCAAAAUGCAAAAAAAUCAAAAUUUAUUUGUUUCAAGUAGGUUCAAUUUCAACAUUGAUACGUCAGUUUGUAAAGAUUCUACCACCGAUUCGGAAGGCAUGUUCUACUGAGAAGAAACUUUUUCUUUUUUGCUGAGAAGGAGCUUUUUAAUAUUUAAUUUCACCCAUUUAAAGACUCUUACUGAAAAUCAGCUUUAUGCUGAGUGGAAGAUCUAUUUGGUCAGUGCAAUUUUAUUUAUUGAUUUUUUUUAACUUAGUUUAUAUUUUUCAAGUUUUACUGACAGAAAAAAAAUCUUCUUCUUCUUCUUAAAAUAGCCAAAGUGGCAGCCAUCCCAGCAAUUUAGAUUUUGCCAUUCUUUUAGGCAUCCACACUAAAGAGAAAACUUAAUACAUAGUAACUUAAUCAUUAAAAUAUUGAAACCGUUUAUCCAGCCAUAUUUUAUUCUAGUAGCUUAGAAUGGCUCCGGAUAUGAUAAGAUGAAUUAAUAAAUCGUAUUCACAACUGUUAUCUUAUUCUGUACCUAUACCUAGGUGGGUACAAAACAACAAUAUUUUAAUGUUAAAUAUUUCAGUGACAGAAAAAUGAUUAUUUUUUGUAUACCAUUGCUCCUUUGUUUUAAACCCCAUUGAAAAUAGGUCCGUUAAUUUUUUUUUUAUUCUUUACAAGGUAGCACUUGACUACAAUCUCACCUGAUGGUAAGUGAUGAUGUAAUUUAAGAUGGAAGCGGACUAACUUUUUAGGAGGAGAAUGAAAAUCCACACUCCUUUCGGUUUCUACGCGACAUCGUACGGAACGCUAAAUCGCUUGGCGGUAUGUCUUUGUCGGUAGGGUGGUGACUAGCCACGGCCGAACCCUCCCACCAGCUAAUCUAUACUUAUAAUAAAUCUGUAGAGAGGUCAAUUCUGUACAUGAAAUAUAUUUCCAAAAUAACUAUCAGGGGGUGAUUAGUGUUCGAUACUGAUGCCAAAAAUGCAAUCAGUAAAAUUUUUGUCUGUCUGUCUGUCUGUCUGUCUGUCUGUAUGUUCUUUAUAGAAACAAAAACUACUGGACGGAUUUUAACGAAAUUUGGUACAAUUAUUCUACAUACUCCUGGGCAGGUUAUAGUAUACUUUUCAUUACGCUACGAUCAAUAGCAGCAGAGCAGUGAAGAGAAAUGUUGAGAAAACGGGAGAAGUUACUCGAUUUUUUAAGCUUCCGUCGCGUGUACAGCCUUAAUGGUUAAAGCUACAUAGAAAUCAUGUAUGACGGAAAUGUUCUCCUUAAAAUUAUCUAUAAAAACACAACAGCAUUUAUAUGUCUAUCUUUUAUGGUUGACUCACAGUAACCCGUGUAACUCCCGAUAGCUUAACAGUUCGGAGCUUUCUAAUUAUAUUUGUCUACUCUUAUGUUUAUAACACUCAUCACUUAUCCCUAAUAAGAAAGUUAACAUUAUUACCUAUUCAAUAAAAAAAGAAUCAUAAAAAUCGGUAAAGAAACACUAAAGUUAUACAUGAAAUACGCUAAGCCAUCGCGCGUGAAUACUAUUUUUACUAAUU